CAACGCAGGCUUAUAAAAGUUUUUAAGUGCAGUCCAUAAGUCUGUCUUCUCCUACAUUCAUUUCCUUGUCCAAUCUGUUCUUCAAUGGAAAAGCAAACACACUUGCUCUUCUUACUUCUCUUCUUCUCCUUCACGGCAAUAAUCUUCACAGAGGCUCUUGCAAAGGAAGGUAGGAGGGGCUCUCUAAAGCUUUUUGUUUUCGGGGACUCGUACGUCGAUACUGGAAAUUGGGAGAAAUUCGGACCUUGCUGGAAAGAACCGUAUGGGAUGACUUACCCUGGAAGACCGGCCGGUCGAUUUUCCGAUGGACGUGUCUUGACUGAUUUUCUAGCUUGGCAUUUGGGGAUAGAAUCUCCCAUCCCUUUCGAAUUGAGAAAGCCAGAGAAUGGAUCAAGUGUAGAAAAUGGCAUGAACUUUGCGUAUGGAGGCACUGGUGUUUUCAACACGACGGUGAAUGAGCCAAAUAUGACAGUGCAAAUCAACUACUUUGAGCAACAACUUGAACAAAAUGUCUUCACCAAAGAUGACCUUAAUUCUUCCAUUGCCUUGGUUUCUCUCGCUGGGAAUGACUACGACUAUGAUGCUUCCAUCAUUAAGAAUGACAUUAAGUUUGUCCAGGCUUCGCAGGAGCUUACGACCAAUAUCAUUCACCAACUUUCAAUUAAUCUGAAGCGCCUUCGAGCAUUGGGGAUUAAAAAGAUAGCUGUUACUACCGUUGAGCCGAUGGGGUGCUUGCCCAAAGCAACUGUCUUUUCUGGAUAUAACAACUGCUCUGAAUUAUUCAAUGGAGUCGCUAAGUAUCACAACCAGGUGUUGGCCAAUGAAGUGCAAAAGCUAAACAAGGAGACCAAGGAUUCUCACAUAUUUCUUCUGGAUCUCUAUGGCGCAUUCAUGUCUACAUUAACCAAAAAUGGACAACUUUCAGGUAAUUCGGAGAUGAAGACUUUGUUGCAGCCAUGCUGUGUGGGUUUAGAAGGGAAGUAUUUCUGUGGCAGCGUAGAUAAGAGUGGGGUGAAGAAAUACAGUGUAUGCAGUCACCCAGAAUUAUCGUUCUUUUGGGACGAUGUACACCCAGUGCAAAAUGGCUGGAAAGCUGUUUAUUAUGCCUUACGGUCUACCCUCAAUGAAAAUAUCCAUUUUCCAUAACACCUUAGUCGGUGAUGAGCUAGUUCUUUGCCAUAAAUGAAUUCUCAAGAGGAAGAUUACAAUGUUACAGUUUUGAGUAUUUGAGAAAUGUCCAUAUUUUAUUGCUAAGUUGGAAGUUUAGAUCUCUACUACAGAGAUUUACUUUGUAACAAUGGAAGCCUGAAGAUUAUGGAGGUGCGAUGAGCUGCUCUGCUCUGUUGUGGGUGUUAUAACCAAGUUUUAUAUUAAAAUCUAUAUAUUCAAUUUGCAUUUA